UAAGCCCACUGUGCGGAUCCUAAAACUUUCCCUAUCAGGUUUGUAGGGCUCAAAUCUGAUACAUUUGAUUAAGAGCGGAGGGAACUCCACCAUCCCACCACAUCCUAUAAUGUUGCAAUACAUGCUACUAUAUGUCAAUAACAUCUUUUUAUGACGCCCUCAUCGACAUUAUUAGUCUUCAGUACGAUGAAAAUUGAAUAGCUUCGAUCUAUAGGUAUUAGAAAUACAAGGAAAAUCUACUAAACUUCGUAGAAAUAUGAAUCCCAUUUUGUUUGUUAUACUGCUAUCUGUCUUGAGCCUGGGGUGUAUCAGAAACAGCCUCUCUACUUCAUAUGAGGUAGUGACAUGGACUGCGUACACAUUACCCUCCCCAAACCCCACUAUGUUGUUGUAAGUAUGAAUCCCAUGUUAGUAUCCAACUAUAGGAUAUAUGGAUGAAACUUCUUUUAUAUUGAAAGCACCAACUUCUUUAACAUUGUCAGUGUAUAUAAGUCAAAUCCUUCUGAAUCGUGUGUAUCGUUUUUUCGCAGGCAGUACAAUGGGGAAGAUCAACAAUGAUUGAUGCAGAGAGAAGACUUUUAGCAAAUGCUUUAUUAGACAUUUCCAAUGAAAGAUUCAUAUUACUCUCUGAAUCCUGCAUUCCUUUGUUCAAUUUCACUACAAUUUACACUUUCCUCACAAAUUCUGACCUAAGUUUCCUCGGAUCAUUUGACGAUCCGAGGAAAAUAGGUCGCGGUAGAUACAACAAACGUAUGUACCCGAACAUAACACUCUCCGACUGGCGAAAAGGCUCGCAAUGGUUUGAAGUUCAUCGCGAACUUGCUAUAAAAAUCGUCUCUGACGUAACGUAUUACCCUAUUUUUAAGAAGUAUUGUGUGCCACCUUGUUACAUGGAUGAACAUUACUUGCCUACAUUAGUGAAUAAAGUUUGUCCGAAAUUAACGUCGAAUCGAAGCGUUACAUGGGCCGAUUGGUCGACCGGUGGAUCGCACCCGAUGACAUUUUUGAAGAAAGAUGUGAGUAAGGUGUUUUUGAAGAGUGUUAGAAGUGAGGUCAAUUGUAGUUAUAAUGGAAAGUUGAGUUCAAUUUGUUUCCUUUUUGGGAGAAAAUUUCAUCCUAGUACUUUGCAACCUUUGCUUAGUAUUGCACCAAUGUUGCUUGGUUUUGGUUGAUAAUCGUGAUGUCCGGGUCAGCUUGCCCGCUGGUUCUGGUC